AUGACCACCAGCAGCUGCCUACUAGAGGUACCUACAUACUACCUACCCUCGCGUGAAGCCUUGCUCGCCGGGCGUGCACAUUCUUCCGCAAACAUCACACACGCCAUCGCCGCCCCUUCGGCCCCUCCCCUCCCCUCUCCUCCUCCUCCUCCCCCCCCCUCCCUCCCCUACACCCCGACCCCAGCCCCUGCCAGCGGAAGCGUUGGCGUGCUUGCUGCUGCGCUGUUCGCCGGCCUGGACAUUCGUCGCCGUUCGCUUCAAGAUCCGAAUCCCAGGUAUUUCUUCUUCGACCCAUCGUGUUUGCCGUCCGGCCUCGAGCAGUCGUCGCCCAUGGGACCUACUGGCCCACCUCUCGCCGGGCCCUCGGUGCCUCUGCUCGCACCUUCGACACCACCCACGGCCCAGCCCCGACCGACCUCUCACCCUCAUUCCUUCCGGCCGGUCCGAGACUCGAGGCGAGUGCUGCCAAGCCGACGACGGCCGACUCGCCGACGACGUUUCUGUCGCCGAUUCCGCCUCGCCACCCGCACCCACGCCGGCGGAACCUUUCUCGACCUCGGUGCCGCAGCCGUCCCUCACCCUCUCGGCCAGCGGUCACGCCGUAGCAGCCUGCUUCGCCUCGGCUUCGCACUCCUUCGCGACGCCUCCCCGUCGACUCACCUCCCUCACGACCACCACCACCACCACCACCACCACGCCGACCCGAUGCGCCGUCCCUCGGUCGACCUGUCCGACCCGUCGCGCAACCUCGAGGAGUCGAGGGGCCUGGGCUCCGUCGAGGCCAUGGACGUCGACGGCGAAGUCGGCCUCGCCGUCGACGUCGACCUGACCAUGCCUCCCGCCGACGUCGACGUCUUGGACCGCGAUGCCCGCAUCUACACGCCGCCCCCGCGCGUCGCCGCCCGCUUCUACCGACCCUCCCACGCCCGCCGCAAGGACUCGGCCGCCUCGUCGCGUCGAAACUCCAUCUCGUCGGCCCAUUCCCGGUGCUCCUCGAUCCAGCCCUCGACCGGCCGCGAGAGCGGGCAGAGCAAGUACAUCGCUCAGCACCUGCGUCGAGCCUCCUUCCUCGAGGACCGACGAGCCCGCCUGGCCGACCGCGCCGCCCACGCGGAAAAGGUUCGCCUCCGCGCCGCCAUGGUCAAGGCCACGCCGCGCGGCCACACCGCCUCGGAGGAGCGCGCCCUCGCCGCCCAGCAGGCGAGGGAGCGUAACCUCGCCGAGAUCGUCGCCAGCUGCGCCGAGGAGGUGAGGAAGGCCAAGCAGGUGGCCGAGCUGACCAAGGAAAAGCGCGAGCAGGAGGCGGCCAAGAUGAAGGCCAAGAUGGAGGAGCGCAUGGCCGAGGCCGAGCGGCGGCGGGACGAGCUGCGAAGCCGGAGCGCCACCCCCCGCGGUCGAGGCCAGAGCAUCAUGGCGAGGAAGCAGCUCGAGCUCCUGCCGCCCGUCAAGGAGGCCGACCGGCCCCGGCUGACCGACGACGUCGCCGCCACGCGCCUCCAGGGCUGGUGGCGCGGCCGCCUGCGGAGGACCAUCAUCCGCCAGUUCAACGGCCUCGGCCUGUCCGUCGACGGCAUCCGCGACACGUCCUUUGACGCCGUCGUCGAGCUGCUGGCGCGCGAGAACGUCCUGCUCGUCACGGCCCGUCUGCUCCGCAUCUGCGGCCUUCGCGAGGGUGGCCCGAGGUCCGUCGAGGAGAUGGCCGCCGUCCGCACCUUUCUCGGCGCCUUUCUCAUCCUCGGCCACCCCAACCAGGUCCUCCUCAACAAGCACGAGGCCGCCGCCGCCGACGACGACGACGACGACGACAAAGACGACCACCCCCUGUCGGCCCACCGCAUGCCGGCCGGCGACCUCGCCAACCCGCAAUUGCAGGAUCUCAUCGGCAAGGCCAGGGACCUGCUCAUCACCUUUGAACGCAUACUCGUCCGCCUGUCGUCGUCGAACCGGUACACGACGCCGCCGGCGCUGAGGAGGACGCUGCCCGAGGCCUACGCCGUCUUCUACAACGCCUUCAUCUCGUGGAAGUCGCGCGACUCCAACGCCCUCAUCGAGGUCAUGGUCAUGCAGUUCGUCGAGCUCGACGCCAUCUUCCAGACCGUCAAGGACACGAGCGACGACGCCGCCGCCGGCCUCUACCGCAAGAGCAUCCAGGACAGCCAGCUGAUGCUUAUCGUGCGCAUCAAGAAGCUCGCCGGCGCCGAGCGGGGCAAGAGGAUGCUCUUCCGCGCCGUCUCCGAGGCCCGAAAGGCUCGCGGCGCCAAGAAGCAGACGGGCGACACGAAGCCCCGGGGGGCCGACGCCGCCGCCGCCGCCGCCCCUGGCCAUGCGCCCCCGGCCGGCCUCGCGCCGACGACGACGUCGCAGACCCUCACGCCGCCGGCCACGCCCGUCGGCAAGGGCGAGACCGACGCCGCGCCGGCCCACGUCGAGCUUCACGGCUUGCUCCCCGACAACCGCGUCGUCGUCCACGAGCUCGCCAUCAACCGGGAAUAUCAGAUUCCUCUCGCCGACUACCUCGAGCAGCAGGCCAUCCUCAUCCGGCCCCUGUACGCGCAGAUGCGAGACGUCACUGCCGACGACAAGCCCGAGGCCAACUUUCGCAUCUUCAUCCUCCUCGCCGCCAGCAUCAAGGACAAGCUGCAGCGUCUCCUGACGCCGGGGAACCCCAUGCACACCCUCAUCGGCGAGAUUCUGGACCCUGACAUGGCCGAGCAGCAGUUCACCAUCGGUCACUUUUCCUACGAAAACUUCUUCGCCGCCAUGGCUUCGCUGCUGCCGAAGCUGUGCGCGCCCUUCCGGGACGACGAGGUGCAGGACCUCGUGCGGAACCGGCUCGGCGCCGGCAGCUUGACGGACCGCGUCGAGGCCCUCAACGGCUUCAUCGACGUGAUGCUGUGCGACUACAUCAACUACAUGCUCCGCGUCGCCGCCCCGCGCCUCAUCGAGUCGGCCGCCCAGUACGAGGCGAAGCGCUUCGGCUGGGACGUCACCCACGCCGGCAUGCGUCUGGACGUCGCCGAGGCCGCCUGGAAGGGCGCCGUCGCCAAGGUCACGGCCGAGGUUCAGAAGCGCGACCCCGAGGGUAUCUGCCAUCCCCGGUCGCAGCCGACGGCGGCUCGCUUCUACGCUCAGCUGCUUGUCGACGUCUUCACCCUGCCGACGCCCGUGACGGCGGAUCGCGUGCCCGAGAUGCUGCGCCUCGACCUCGAGCGCAUCAACCAGGUCUCGACCAUGGUCCGGCGCAUCGUCACCGUCGGCGCCGUCCUGCUCCAGUGCAAGAACCUGCUCAAGCGCGACGUGCGCAUGCAGUGGAGGAUGGAGGCGUCGCGCAUCAUGACGGUGCUCGAGACCGACGACCUGCCGCUCGAGGCGACCGUCGAGGGCACCAUGUCGGCUCUCGAGGCCGGCCGCUCGAUGCCGGCCGUGACGAAGAAGCAGCUCCGCGCCCUCGUCGCCAAGGUGCUCGGCGCGAGCGAGGACAUGUCUCGGCAAUCCGCCGAGCCUCGCGAGCCCGUCCUGCGCCUGCUCAUGACGCGCCUCCGAGGCAACAUCCUCGCCCGGCUGGCGCCCGGCUCCGCGAGCGACAAGGUCAAGGCCGCCAACUCGGCCGGCGAAAAGCUGGCCAGCCUGGGUCUGUCCGAGUUCGUCGACAAGGUGCGACACAUUUCGGACCUGCUGGACAGGGUCGGGUCGGCGGAUCGGGCGGCGCACAGCACCUGGUGGGAUGCCGUGGCGACCAAGGUGCGCGAGGAGAACCUCCAGCCGGCCUCAUCUUGA